AGCAAGGCGUCGGCCACAGCGCGUUCCUGCGAGUGCGCUCUGGAUCCUUCGGCGUCUUCUGGCGGCCUUGAGGUCGCCACCCUGGCCGCUCUGGCCCGUCUGGCGUUGGGUGGGCGGCAUAGCUGCGCUCACAUGAACCAGCGGCAUUACGGCCGCAAUGGUCGCGGUCGGAGCCGAGACUUCGCUGGCCGUGCCCCACCGAAGAAGAAGGGCAGAAACCACGUCCCGGAAAGGUGGAGAGACUAUCUCCCAGUUGGACAGCGGAUGCCUGGGACUCGUUUCAUUGCUUUCAAAGUUCCUUUGCAAAAGAAAUUUGAAGCAGAGCUUAUGCCAGAAGAGUACUUUUCUCCUUUGGAUCUUUUUAAUAAAAUUCAAGAACAAAAUGAAGAACUUGGAUUGAUAAUUGAUUUAACAUAUACUCACCGCUAUUAUAAAGCAGAGGAUUUGCCAGAAACUAUUUCUUACAUAAAAAUUCUUACAGUUGGCCAUCAGGUACCUGAUAAUGGCACUAUUCUUAAGUUCAAGUGUGCAGUUAAAGAGUUUUUAAAGAAAAACAAAGACAAUGACAAACUUAUUGGUGUCCACUGUACCCAUGGCUUAAACAGGACUGGCUACCUCAUUUGCAGAUAUUUGAUUGAUGUAGAAGGCAUGAGGCCAGAUGAUGCAAUUGAAUUAUUCAACAGCUGCCGGGGGCACUGCAUAGAAAGACAGAACUACAUUGAAAACUUGCAGAAUCGUCGUGUCAAAAAGAAACGGAAUACUAGCACAUCUAAGUCAGGUGAUCUUGAAGACUCAGCACAUCUUACUGAAGAAGUCCACAGUACUAAGAAGCCUGUGAACCAAGGACCUCGGAACCAUUGGCCUGCUGGUUGUUCAACACCUUCCCGACAUUUUCACACCCAGUCCCAGUACUCCCAGCAAUUGUUCAGAAAACACAACCAGAGUGUUUACCAGAGAGGCCUUAUCCCUCUUCCUGAUCCGGCUGAAGAGUACUAUUUACAGAGAAGAUUCUUCUGGAACAUGAAGCCAAAUGGUAGUCAAGCAACCCAGAAUAAGAAGUGGAUUUCCAGUAGUUACCAGAGGCCGUUCUACCCAGCCUACUGGGGGUGGACCCAGUGAGGCACACGUGGAUGGGAUGUUACAGGGGCCACCUGAAACCAGAGCUGGACAGAAGACGGCUGGAUUACUUUUAAUAAAAUCAGGUCUAGACAAUUAAAAAAAAUUUUAACAUUUUUUAACUUUUUAAAAUGUUUUAUUAUUCCUUUGUGUGUAUUAAGUUUAAAGAUUUGCAUUACUGAUGGCCGCACAGUGAGAUGAUAGCCAUCCAGAACACUUCUCAUUCUAGGCUCAACUUUUCUCAAAGGUUUCUGAAUGGGUAAACUGUUAUUAACUUGCAAAUGUUUUAAUUGCCUUUUAUUUUCCCUAUUUCCUCUGUCCAUGCCUGUAACUGUGUGUAGGUACAAAGGUUCAUAGUGUCUUACCAUGUUCUGUUACUAACAGUCUUCAGGGAUGUCUUUUUAUCCUAACUGUUCAAAUUUCCUACUAAAAAUCUAGCCAGGAGGCAAUUUAUUUGGCACCUACUCUCUCUUUACUUGUGGUACUCUGUUCAGCAUUCUUUCCUUGGUGAUCAGGGUCAGAAUUUAACCAACUUCUUACUGAACUGCCAGGUUAACCACCUAACCCAGAGAAGUGUAAAUUUUUAGGGACUGAUUGUUAAGUUGGGUAAGAGGAAACUAACCAAUAACCAGAAUGCUGGUUAAAUUAUAAUUUAUCUGACAGAGUCACUACUACCAAUAGGGUAGAACUGUCCAGAAAGCUUGAAAACCUCUGUAGAUUUUAAAGGUUGAACAGACUAGGACUUAGCAUCCAUCCUUGGUUAUCCUGGAAGACAGGGUGGUGCUGACCCUGCGGUCCUCUGUUCGGGAUUUGUCCAGGGGCCUCCCACACUGCAAUGGCGCUCUUCCUCUGGAACACACGUCUAGCUACUUGAAGGUGCUAAUUACCUCGUGCUCAUCAUGACACGUCAUAGUCCACAGCAAGCGUUUGAUGAAUGCCUGGGCAGUUAAUUUGGCUUCUGUCUUUAAAGCCUCUGAUUUUGAGGAUUUGUAAUACUGAUACCACAUACAGUAGCUAUUUUCUCUGUCGUGUGUGGACACGUGGAGUCUGACCCUGAGGAAGCUUCAGCAGCUCUUCUAGUCUGGCCUAGUGGGACUAAUUUGCUCUGUCAGGUUGCUCCACGCUCAAGUGAUGGCUCUUAAAGUUUUUCUCUACUUACCACAUUUAACAGAGAUUCAAAGUGCUUCUUGCUACAAGGCUCCCCCUGCAGAAUUCUUCCCCAGAAUAUAUCUGAAGGUUCAGCAUUUUAAGAAACUGGGUCAGGCAUUGUGAAAUAGGAGGACAAAGCUGGGGCAGGUAGAGAACAUCCAGCUUUGGAGGUGUAAAGAACAGCUUGGAAAAGCAGUUUCUGUGGAGGACAGUGCCGCCUUCAGGAACUGUUUCUGCCACCUGUCCUGUUUCUCUGCCUUUGGAUUACUAACAUCUUGUUAUAGGCCUCACUUACCAUUGGAUUACUCAGCUUUCAUUCUUACAUACACUGGUCUGACUUCUGUCCAUAUCACACCAUCCAAAGGCCUAGUGAAAGGAAGCAGCCAGAUCUUUUUAAAGUUUCCAGUGGUCUAUCUAUGUAGUGUUUUAAAUUAUAUUGUUAUUUUAAAGGCACACAUGAAUCCUUUCUGAGGCAGCUUUCCUGAGAUUACCACAUAAAAAGCAUCUUCCAUGCUCUCCAAUUAUAAAGUCAUAGAGGUAGCCAGCUCAAGUAUUUUUGCCUUAUUCUGUGUCUUCCUCUGUUGUUUAAGGAAUACUCUUACAGAUCACCAUUUCUUGAUUUUCCAAUUUGUGAUAAUAUGUGUUGAUGAGUUCUUCCUAUGGCACAUGAGCAUUUAGCCCUCAGCCUACCCACCCCAUAGCUCUUCCCAGCUUUUGAUGACAUUCACGUUACUAGGUAAAUGUUAGUCUGCAUGAGCCUUGGUGUUCAUGGGUGUGGGUUCAAGUCUCCCCUUUGCUUCACAUGUUUGCCUCAUUUGGCCAUUUUUCAUUGAUAUGUCACAAAUACAUCCUCUAUAUCCAGUGGCACUAAACAGUCUCUGUGAGUGAUGCGCUCUUUGACUCUUUUCCUGAAACUUCUUAAAAUGUUCAGGUUAGGUGCCAAGUUUGGUUGGUAGGGCUGCCGUCAUGGAGUAUCAGAUGGGCGACGCAGUGUGUAGGAGUUCUAUUUCUCAUAGUCCGGAAGCUGGGGAAAUGGAGGAGUCGGCAAGAACUGUUUCCAUGUGGUCACUGUCUUACUACAUCUCUCCCCCGUCCUCUCCCCCUCCCCUCCGGCUCAGAUGCUGUGAGGCUGAGAUGCUCUGUAGUUCUCUCUUAAAGAUGUCGGUCGUUAGACCAGGGCUCACCUCAGAGACCUGAUUUUAAUGUUAUUUGCCUCUUUAAAGUCUUGGUCUCCAAAUGCAGUGGUAUUUCAGAUGCUGGAGCUUAGAGCUUUAACAUAGGAUCUGAGGAAACAACUGAGUCCAGAGGAAGCGCACUGCCCAUUCAUUACACCUGGGGCAGCUCCUGACCUGGGCUCUUUCCUCUUGUCUUGUCUUCGAACCCUCUUUAAGGCUCCUGGUUCCAGGGUACGACUUUCAUGACUGUAAUUUCCCGUUUGGUCAGUCAUGUCUUCUCAGGGCUGGGUGGGACAUAAGGGUUUGGGUAGCUGAGUCACAGAAAUGCGUCCGUUUGUCUCUGCUCCUGUACUGCAGUGUCAGGUGGGCACUCCCAGUCCUGCUGUUUGCGACCUCACUGCUGGCUGUUGAAAUCUUUUCUGAUCUAGAAUAUUUUUCUGUGCCCUAUAAAUUUUUCUCUUGAAGUUUUAGAGUCUUCUAUAUCUCAGAUGUCAUAAUUUCUGUCCACAAUGAUACAUACCAAGUGAAUCCUUUGAAUCUGGUAAAUUGCAAGAAAAAAAUUUUUGAAUAUUUAUGCUCAUUGGUGUUCUGCCUGUGUGUAUGUCUGUGUGAGGUUGUCGAAUCCUCUGGAGCUGGAGUUACAGUUGUGAGCUGCCGUGUGGAUGCCUGGAUUUGAACCCAGGUCCUGGAACAGCAGCCAUCUUAUUUAAUGCUAUUUACUAGCAUUAAUCCAUAACUCUAAGGCAACUUCUAGUUGGAUGUUAGAUUUCUUUCCUGAGACUUCUGAUUUAAUUAUGUUUUUAUUUUUAUUUAACCUUUUCAUGUAAUUUCUUUUUUUAGUAUUUUUCUGAUACACUGGGCUAGGGGUACUGCGAUUGAACCUAGGACCUCGUGCAUGCUAGACAUGUACUCUGUUGUUGAGUUAUACCUCCAGUCCCCUUCUGAUCUACAUAUCUAUAUGAUUUAUAUAAACAUAAUAAAAAUAUAAAAGAUUUUCUGAUAUAUAAAUAUAUUAUCUAUAUGCUUAAAAAAAGCAGACACAGGAUCUCAGUAUGUUGCCCAUGCUGGCCUUGAACUCCAAGACUCAAGCAAUCCUCCUGCCCUAAUUCUCCUGAGUAGGGGGGACUCCAGGUACAGGCUUCCGUGCCAAGCUCUAAAUUUUAAUUUCUAAAAGUUAACGCCUUAAAAAAAAGAAAAAACAACGCUACAUUUUAAUCUUGACUGUUAUUUGUUGUUGUUGUUGUUGUUUUUAUUUUUGGUUUUUCGAGACAGGGUUUCUCUGUAGCUUUGGAGCCUGUCCUGGAACUAGCUCUUAUAGACCAGGCUGGCCUCGAACUCCCAGAGAUCCACCUACCUCUGCCUCCCGAGUGCUGGAAUUAAAGGCGUGCGCCACCACCGCCCGGCCUGUUAUGUCUUUAAUACACUCACAUUAGGAGGGAUCACAUAUGGGAUCCUAAUCAAACAUCCUUUCUAGUACCAUUAAUAGUUGCCCAAAAUUGUGUCCUGAAAACAAGUUCUUAUGUGUUCCUUUCCUCUUGGAAGUGUCAAAUGGCUUAUGGCAUUGGGGUUCCAUGUUCCUCUCCCUGCCAAGGCUUUUUGUAUCUGUCCACAAGCUGACUUUUUAAGUCCUUCAUUGUGUAUUGUAUACCCCUUUAUCUGAAUGCUAGCCAUUGUGUGGUUAUACUGGGCCAUACACUUUGUCUUGUCUUUAAAGUUGUUUGGGUGUGAUCUGUCCUAUGGUCUCUGAGCCAGCCACAUCAGCUGUAUGAACCACUGUCUAGUCUUUUCCCCCAACCCUGCCCCCAGUGAAUGAUCUCUUUCUACACACUGUACCUUGUGUCGUUAUUUAUGUAUCAUGCUACUCCAGAUUCUGUGCCGCCAUGUCAGAGUCCUCGAACCCAUACUGUAUGACAGUUCUUUUUCCAAGGGAGGGUAUACCCUCUUUGCCUUCCCUGCACUCUGGAGGCAGAGAUGGGCAGAUCUUUGAAUUCAAGGGCAGCCUGCUCUACAGAGUGUGUUCCAGGACAGCCAGAGCUACACAGAAGAAACCCUGUCUUGAAAAACCAAAACCAAAGAUUCCUAAGCCAGUUAAGACACUUGACUCUGGACCUACAUGGUACAUCUAGUUCCACACCAGGUCUUUUUUUAUGACCCCACUUUCAAAUAAAGGGGAAUGGUACACAAUAGGCCAUGGGAUCAGGCUUUCUGAGCCACUGGUAGAGAGGAUGCGGUGAUGAUCCAGAAAGGUGGAAAAUCCAAUCCCCUUGGGAGAAUAGGAAGAGCCUAGCAAGCAAACGCCCUUCCUGUCCUGUUGUGGAUUACUUGCAUAGUGUCACUUAAAGAGCCUUCCAGAGAAAGUCCGGACUAGGAAUACCCUGCCAGGCUACCUGCUGUCUUCUUGGCUUCCUAAAACUGCACAACACAUUGUAUCACAUGGCUUUGUUCCCUGCUUCAGACCUUUUCCUCACCACUCGUUUAUGUACCCCAAAGAAAAUACCAGUGACCUAAAUUCUUGCCUCAGGGUCUGCCUUCUAGAAGAUCUCAGGUGUUUAUAGAUCUGGCAGUCAUGAACUCUUAACUAGUUUUAACACAUGAUUGAUACACCUAUUCUCUUCUACUGACGACUUACUCCAAAUGCUUGAAUCCUUUGAGAACACCAAUAUCAGUUACAUUGAAGGUAAUAAUUUAUCAAUAACUUUUUGUUCGGGCUUCUAUUUGCAUGACAUGGGGAUUAAGAUUAUCUUCAAUUUAACACAAGAACAGUCGUGAGUUUAUGCAAAUUCAUCUCACAGUAUAACACUCUGCCAAGCCUUUUGAACCAACUUGCGCAUGCUAUAUAAUGGUCUCUCGCAUCUGAAGGAAGCCGGGUCAUAGCUCUGAGAUGACUUUAAAAAGAAAACUAAAAUGCAUCUCUUUCUAUGUACACUGCAGUGCUCCCAACAAAGGAAAAUCCAGCAGCCCAAACUCCACCUCCCAGUUCCUACAGUUUCACAGCUCCUCCCAUCCACCCAGCCCCUGGCAACUGCUGACCUAGUUUCCUUCUCUAUCUUCUCUAAAAUGCUAUGCAGUUGGAAUUAGUGUGUAGACUUCUGGGUAGGGUUCCUUUCAUUUAGAUGUUGCUUUCAAGGUUGUGCUACAGAAUGGAUUGGCUGGUCACUCUUGCUAAGUUAUUCCAUUGUAUAGUUGUCUUGCACAUUGCUUAUUCAUUGACCAACUAAAAGAUACUUAAGGUCUAAUGUUUUUUAUUUUAAACUUGCCAUAAACAUUUUAUGUAUACAGUUUUGGGGGUUUGGUUUUUUGAGACAGGGUUUCUGUGUAGCUUUGGUGCCUUUCCUGGAAUGAACUCUUGUAGACCAGGCUGGCGUCGAACUCACAGAGAUCAUCUGCCUCUGCCUCCCUGGUGCUGGGAUUAAAGGUGUGUGCCACCAAUGCCCAACUCUGUGUAGGGUUUUAUGUGAACAACUUUUCUUUCCCUUGGAGUGUGAUAGUGGGAUUGCUGCCAUGUAUGUUUAACUUUAUAAUAAACUAAAACUUUCCAAAAACAGAUGUACUAUUCUGUAUCCCACCAAGAAGAUGUGAGUGUCCCAAUUACAUCCUCACUAACAAUUAGUAUCGUCAGUAUGUAGGGCAAGGACAACUCUGAGGUUUGUUCCUCAGAGGCACUGUCUACUGUUCCUCAGAGAUAUGUCCACUUUGGGUUUGGUUUGGGGUUUUUUUGUUUUGUUUUUUUGGUUGUUGGAGGCAGGGUUUCUUUGUGUAGCACUGAUUGUUCUGGAACUCUAUGUAGACCAGGCUGGCCUCAAACUCACAGAGAUCCACCUGCGUCUGCCUCUGCCUCCUGAGUCCUGGGGAUAAAAUGCCACCCCCCCCCCCCCCCCGGCAUUUUGUUUUGUUUUUAAGAUGGUGUUUCAUUGGCAUAGAGCUUCCCAGAGAUCUACCUGUCCCCACUUCUCCAUCCCCUUAAGCACUGAGCAAUUUUAGCAAUUUUGAUUUUUAAAAAAUGUGUUGUCUCACUGUAUUUUUUUAAAUUUAUUUUGCAUAAAGUGUUCUUUCUGCUUCUAUCCUUGCAGGCCAGAAGAGGGCACCAGAUCUCACUAUAGAUGGUUGUGAGCCACCAUGUCCUUGCUGGGAAUUGAACUCUGAAUCUUUAGAAGAGCAGUCAGUGCUCUUAACCACCCCUGUCUCAGUGUGUUUUUUAAAAAUAAUUUUAAAGAUACAAUUGGCAUUCAUUAUACAUGUUUAAAACUUUUGGUGUAUUUGUACGCGUAUCUAUAUUUGAGACCACAAUGAACCUAGAACAUAUCUGUAACCUUUUCCAAAGAAUUGCCUAUCUGAAAUGGCCUUAUAAAUUUGUUUUAUGUAAAUGGAAUCAAUGUGAACUCUUCAUAUGAGUGGCUGCUAGUCAUUCAACAUCAUUGGGUUUAUCCCUAUCACAGAAUGAAGCAGUACUGUAGCAGCCUAGGGUGCCAGAACAGUCUAACUUCUGGUCCAGACUUCCUUAGUAACAGAAGGCCCUUUACUGUAUUGGCCCCACGGAUCAUAUUGCCAUAUACACCAAUUAUAAAAAUCCAGGGUGUGUUUUCUGGGUCUCCUCGGCUAGCAAAUGUAGACAAGGUUUCUUCCACUUUGGGCAGCUUUGCUGAGUCUUGGGAGGGCAGCUCACAGUGGACUCCAGGCCUGUGGCAUGUCUGCUUGUUUGUAAAUAUAUGGGGAUAUUCUGUUCUCUGGACCUAGACAACUCAGUGACCAGCGCAGUGAACCUGCUUCGCACGAGCUUUGCCUUGGGGUGUUUUCACUUUGUGUCUAGCCAGAGGACGGCUUCAGACAGCAUUCCUCGGGGGCCACCCAUCUUUUGUUUCUCCCCGCCUCUCCCUCCAAGUGUUGGGAUUAAAGGUGUCGGCACCCUUAAUAGAUAGUCCAAUCUAUCUCUUUUUGAGACAGGUCUUGCAGUAAUUUGGAAUUUUAUCAAGUGCUGGGUGGUGGUGGCGCACGCCUUUAAUCCCAGCACUCAGGAGAAAGAGGAGCUGGAUCUCUGUGAGUUUGAGGCCAGCCUGGUCUACAAGAGCUAGUUCCAGGACAGGCUCCAAAACCACAGAGAAACCCUGUCUCAAAAGACAAACAAGCAAAACAAAACAAAAAACACAACAACGACAAAAAAGAACUUAACAGGUAAGCUAGGCCAGCUGGCCCGUGAGCUGGGUGGUGCCACUGUUUCUGCCUCCCUUGAGCUGGGGUUACAAGCAUGCAACACCACACAGCUUUUUUUUAAAGCUGUAAACUCAUGUAAAGUGCUUGUGUCAUUUUACAUACGGAAAACUUUGUUUUUGAGACGGGAUUCUCUGGCUGUCUGGUUUCUCUGGAUUUCUGACUGUCCUGGAACUUGCUCUGUAGACCAGGCUGGCCUCAAACUCAUAGAGAUCUGCCUGGCUCUGCCUCUUGAGUGCUGGGAUUCUUAAACUGUUGUCUGAAGUGCUGCUCAAAUACAGAAUUUCCUUUUCGACCUUCUCAGUCACUGAUUCAAAAUGUGCUUUUGAUGUCUUUUCUUCAUUAUCCUGAAUAGGAGAGUUGUAGGACUUUAAGACAAUCCUGAAGCCAUUUCUGACAAUUCUGAACCCUCUCAGCCUCCGUGCCACAGUGCUUCCCCUCCUCCCCUGGGAACCAAGGACCCAACAGCUACACACGCACGUACUCAGUUCCUGAACAAUUACCCAUAUACGUAAGUUUUGAUUCAGUCCCCUGGGAAACGGGGUCAAAAUGACCUCUUACCUCAUCUGAUCUGGCAACAGCUCUCUAGCCAAUUAUUGGUAAUAUCCCUUUUGAAUAAGCCAAUCAUAAUAGUCAAAGAACAACCCCCCUUGAUUCUGUGGCCUUCUCCUUUAAAAGUAGCCUGUGCCAGUUAUUCGAGGUUUCUUGGCUUCCCGAAUGCUGAGGGACCCUAUCAUGACAGAAUUAAAAUCCUUAUGCUUUUGCAUUGGCUGUGGUGUGAGGUGGUCUCUGGGGGGCGACUCCUCCUCGGUGUUUGGACGCUGGAGUCCAACAGAGUAAUGGCAGCAGCCUAGCAUUCCUCGCUUCCAUUUGUCUUCAUUGCACACAUCACUGUACACCUUCCAUGCAAAGAAAACCAUAAAGAUAAACUCCGAACAAGGAAAAUUGAAAACAAGUUAUGUCACGUUUAGUCUAGCUGGAAGGCUCAGGGAUUACACAUCACCUUCCUAAACUACUCUAGAUAAGGAGAUCAUACUUCGUGUUAAGUUUUGGAAGCAAAACACGGCUGUGGUGUCCAGGGAUGCUCCCUGUGACUGCCGGAACAGCAGGGUCCCCAUAAUGGGGUCUCUAGGACUGGAAAGGUGUGCUUGCUUCAUUAGGAAUAAUACUUUCCUUAUCACGGGAAGGAAGUGGGGGACAGCCACAACACAAACCUUUAGCUGACAUCAAUUUCCAGCCUCCACCCAUGGCAUGGAUCCCUCCCACAGGAAGGUUCCGUCAAGACUGCUUCCCUUCUCACCCGCAUGCUGCCCUCACAUGGGUGAGGAGUCUUCAGAAGCAGGUGGUGGCCGUCUCAAAAUGAGGGGCUCGUGCUUCCCGGAGCUUGGCCCCCGGCGGUUCCCUGGCAGUCUGCUCUAGUUGAGGUGCCUGAUCAGCCUCAACGAUCUCGUUCACUUUGUUCCUGGCGAUGGUUUCUUGCAUUGACUCUGCUUCUGUUCUAUUUUUCUCUUGACAAAAACUUAAUCUGUUCAAGGGACCAGAAAAUAUUUCCAACGGCUCCUUGAAUACGGAGGAACUGAUGCGUCAGUUCCCUCCCUUGAUUCAGGCCAUUAAUGUUAUGAUUAAAACUCCAGCUCGCUCUCUGGGGGAAUUUAUAGAUACCCUAGAACAGAAAGAGCCCAUGAUAGGAGAUUUGGUAGAAUAUGGGUAAAUUAUGAAGGAAAAUGUAUGGAAUGGCAUGAGUUACCAUUUAUGGAGAGGCUAGUCAGAGUAAGAAACCCCUGGUGCAUUUUAGAUAGGAAAGAAAGACAGGCUAUUCUUGAUAACAUGAAGUCAGUCAUUCAAUAUUGGAACAAACCCUGGGGGUGGAAUCCUGAAGAAUGGUGUUUGGGUUACCUUGGUUACCUUGAGGGCAGAUAUGAUUUAGGGCCAUGAGGAAGCACAGUUGAAUGGUGUUUGGGUUACCUUGGUUACCUUGAGGGCAGAUAUGAUUUAGUGGUGUGAGACGAAUUUCAAAGAAAAGCUCUGCCCACCUGGCCCUGACCACAAGACUUGCUGAGAAUAAUCAAUUGUCUGUAAUCAUUUUUCUGUGGAAACUUUUAUGUC